CAAAUGGGUUAAAGCGUUAAUGUACGCUUCACCGCUUACAGCCACCACAUCUAACCUAGAUGCGGCCUAGACACUGUGAGUGACUGAUACGCGUUUUGUUUUCUUACGUGAAGCUACCUUGCGUGCUUCCAUCUGGCGUAUUUAGUGCAAGCAACGGUUUAAUCUGGUAGCAGUUGCUCAUUCGCCUCUCGAUCGGCAAUACACGUUACGUUUACUCCGGGGCUUUGUAAAAUAAUCGCUUACGUUCUAAGUUCAAGUGCAAAAAUUAUACAGUAUAAUUAAUAAAACGUGCAUAAAGUGAAUUGCAAGAGCCAUCGUGUUCACCGGAUCAACCCCAGCGAUUGGUAGUGUGAUGCUAAAGCUACCCUUAAGCGUCAGGGGCUAAUUAGGUCGUUAUUACACAUCGAGAACCUGUUUCGCUGCGAACUGUGCGUGGUUGUGCCUUGACGGUCAUGUCGGAACUCACCACAAUCUUUCACGGAGUGCUUGUGUUUGUUUUGUUUGCGGCGUAUCUACAGUGGUUGAUGAAGCGAUGGCAACUGAGCCAGAUAUUCGAUAAAAUACCGGGCCCAAAAGCGUACCCGAUAGUUGGCACGAUGUACUCAUUUUUCGGCAAAAAACCACAUGAGAUCUUUUAUCUGCUGGAUGAAAGGACUCGAGCCUAUCCCAACAUCCAUCGCGUAUGGACUGGUAUGACUCCUGAGGUUCGUAUUAGUAAGCCCGAAUACGUUGAGCAGGUUAUCGGUUCCAGCAAACAUAUCGAAAAGGCCACCAUGUAUCGCUUUCUACACGAUUGGCUCGGAAAUGGACUGCUCACAUCGAAAGGUGAACGUUGGCAUCAGCACCGUAAGCUCAUCACACCUACCUUCCACUUUAACAUCCUCGAGGGGUUCUGUGACGUGUUCGCGGAGAAUAGCCAGGAGCUUGUAGAACACCUGCAGUCGCACGCCGAUACCGGCAAACCGGUCAACAUGUAUCCGUUUAUCACGAAGGCGGCUCUGGACAUCAUUUGCGAAACCGCCAUGGGUGUAAAGGUUAAUGCGCAGAGCGAAGGUGAAGAGAACGAUUACGUCAAGGCAGUCUGCGAGCUUAGCAGACUGUUCGUUGAGCGUAUGGUUCGUCCCUGGCUGCAUAUAAACUUUAUUUGGCGUCGAUCCCGCUUCGCUGCUCGCUACACGAAUGCUCUGAAUACUGUUCACACUUAUUCUCGAGAGGUAAUUCGUGAUAGAAAAGCUGCUUUAGAAUCGGCACAGAAGAAUACCAACUCCGAGCCAAACGAUGAGGAAACUUUCGGUACGAGAAAGCGCAUGGCGUUCCUUGAUCUACUGCUGCAAGGCAACCAGGCGCACAACAUCAUGACUGACGAGGACGUUCGUGAAGAGGUGGACACAUUCAUGUUUGAGGGACACGACACAACGACAGCUGGCAUCAGCUGGGUAUUAUUUCUGUUAGCCCUUCAUCCGGACGUUCAGGAACGAGUGUACGAGGAAAUUGAGUCGAUUUUUCCGACCGGUGACAACCGCCCAGCCACGAUGCAGGAUCUGAACGAGCUAAAGCUGCUGGAACGAUGCAUCAAGGAGGCACUGCGGCUGUAUCCGUCCGUGUCCUUUUUCGGUCGAACGCUCAGCGAGGACAUCCAGCUCGGAGGUUACCAUGUGCCGAACCAAACCAUCGUGGGAAUUCAUGCGUACCAUGUGCAUCGGGAUGAAAGGUACUAUCCGGAACCGGAGAAAUUCGAUCCGGACCGUUUUCUGCCGGAAAACACCGAAAACCGUCACCCGUACGCGUACAUCCCAUUCAGUGCCGGACCAAGAAAUUGCAUCGGACAAAAGUUUGCACUACUGGAGGAGAAAAGCAUUGUGUCAACCGUACUGCGUCGCUUCCGCCUGAGGUCUGUGCGAACGCGCGAUGAACAAAAGAUUAUGCACGAACUCAUCACGCGCCCAAAGGAUGGCAUUCUGCUGUAUCUGGAGUCUCGUAAAUAGGGCAUCGAAACGGUUAUUUCAAUUUGAUUAUAGAUUUUUUGCUUAUUUAUUUGGUGUAGAAAGAUUAGAUGGGAAACUGGGCAAAUUAACAACAGGAAUUUCAAUAAUAAGCUUUAUAUUUACAUCAAACGCUUACUUCCUUCAUUAACUAAUAUUCCACUUAGAAGUUCCAAACCCGUUUUAGUAAUCUUUCAUUUGCAAACCCAGUUUGGAUUGCAGAAAAAGGCUAACUUAAAGAGUUAUUAGAUAUUUUCUUUUUACGAAGUACUUCAACAGAUUGGCUCAAGUAAUUUCAUUUAAUCAAGAUCCAGAUGGUGUGUAUGUCACUUCCAAAUACAAAUCUCUUUGUGCUCCGUUAAUAAAAAAACAUCUCCGUUUUCACCUAAGGCAAGAAAAUCUAUUUCAUACUGUUCGAGGCAUGAAUUUUAUGAUUCAAUUACAAACUUAAGGACAUAGGAUAUAUUUGUGGAUGAGUUAUUUCACAUUGGACGAGGCGUGUAUCAAUAAACCCCCCAAGUGGCGU